AUGGCUGACGGCUUGUCCCCAAACAUGGCACUGCCGCUCGGAUACUUUGUUGAUCAGUACCUUGCCGUAGUGCACCACCCUGACUUUGACCUGUCGCCCAUCUCACCCGCACCACAGUCGUCGUCCCAGACACCUUACGUAGGUGGGCAAGGAGCGAGCCGAGGGGGGUUGACUCUCAGUCUCUACUGCGUAGUCUCGAGUCUCUCGAGGGCUGGGCUGGAACUGGGACUGGAACGCCCGCCAAGUUCCGUCUCCUGCGGCCCUUUAGUCUCGCACACUGGCACUGACUACUGA